AUGGAUUGUAAUAAAAAUGAAGAUUCAACACCACAGUCACUGUCCGUGGGUGAAAGAAUCGUACAAUUAUUUAAUGGGCUCCGAAAAAAUAUCUGGACUUUUAUAGUUCUCUACUUUAUUUUCAGCUUCUCGCAUGGCGUUCAAGGGACUUAUACGAGUACAAUUCUGGCAACGCUGGAAAAUAAUUUCAAUCUGCCCAGUUCACUAUCCAGCAUUAUCAUCAUCGUUGCAACCCUCGGUUACAUGAGUAGCGCCAUCACAGUUUCGUUCAUCCUAACUUCCAAGCACCACGUUCGUUUGUUUGCGGUUUGCAUGCUGGUAACUGGAUUCUGUGGUCUCUUGUACAUGUUGACUCAUUUUAUUUUCAAAGACAGUUCGAACAUCAACGAAAUUGCAGCUACGACCGACCUUGAAAAACCUGAUCGCAACUAUGUCUCAGCAGUGUGCAAUGCAUCACGCAAUAUUAACGAAAGUUCAGAAAGUUUGUGCACGGGUAGUAACAACAAUAAGAGGGACAUCGGUCCAAACUACGUGGCCCUCGGGAUGUUUGUCAUAUCGGAAGUGUUCCAUGGAGCAGCGGGAGCAUGUUUGUGGACAGUCGGGUUGUCCUUCCUUGACGACAACAUGCCUUCCAAUGUUGCUCCCAAGUUGAUAGGUAUCAUGUACUCCGUGCGCUUCCUAUCACCAGUCAUAUCCUCUGCAUUAGGAAGUGUCUUCUUGUCUCUGCACACAAGCUUAACAAAAACUUCUUUAACUCCUAGUCACCCAAAAUGGAUUGGAGCAUGGUGGCUCGGCUUUGUAAUUUGUUUUCUCAUUAACACCAUCAUUUCUCUUCCUACAUUUUUCUUGCCACAAACAUUUGAAAACUCUAAAAAGCUCGAGCAUCACACAAAGGGGUCUGAACAAAAUUUAGACGAUAAAUUUAGUUCGGCUAAAACAGCUUCGAAGGUGUACCACGGUAAAAAUCUUGAAAAUUUUGGUUUGGCGUUGGGAAGGUUGUUGCGCAAUCCAAUUUAUAUGCUGACGACACUAGGAAUUUGUUUCGACUGCUUCAUCAUCCCUUUCUAUAACUACCUCCCAAAAUAUGUCGAGGUGCACUUCAAGCUGACUGCUUGGAUGGCAAGCAUUAUUGCAGUUAUGGUUCCGUCAAUUGCCGGUGGCAUAUUUUCAUCCGUUGGAGGAUUUGUUAUUGGAAAAUUUAAACCGUCCCCAGAUUUUCGUGUUACUAAAAAUAUGGCUUUCUCGUGCGUAAUAUCUUUUGGGAGUGUUUUGGUGUUGACUGCCAUCCUGUUCCUCCAGUGUCCUAAUGUUAACUCUCCAAGCGGUUACUCAGAGAUGACGAAAAGUGUUAGUCUAACUCAGACGUGUAACAUGAACUGUUCGUGUCUUUCGGAUUCAUUCGAUCCGGUUUGUGGGGACGACAACAUGUGGUAUGCAUCUCCGUGUCAUGCUGGUUGUUCCAGCUACGCUACUAAUGGAUCUAUGAUGUACUCGGAUUGCUCGUGCAUAAACAGUGUGCAGCAAACAGCCGGGCGUGGCUAUUGCGACAAUUCCUGUUUUCCCAUUCUUAUUCUGUAUACAAUUGGAUGGAUUUGUUUCUGUUCUUUUAGCAACCUAAUCAACGUUCCUCUUACAAAUGUGACACUCAAAUCUGUGGACGAGGAAGACAAAUCAUUGGCACUGGGCUUGCAGCUCAUUAUCAUCUGUGUGUCAGUUUUUCCGUUCACGCUGAUAUUUGGCCACAUGAUAGAUUGGACUUGCAUCCUGUGGAAAACGACUUCAUGCAGCGACGCGGUGGGCUCCUGCCUGGCGUACGACCAUUCCAAGUUUAGAUUCAUCAUGCACGGAAGUGUUGUUUGUGUGCGCAUUAUCGCUUGCGUAUUUUACAUCUUGAGUUUCAUUUUCGCUCGGAGAAAACUCAGCAGGUUGCAGUUGGAAGAAUUGAAGAACUUGGAUAUUAUGAACAUUACUCCUCACACUGAAAAAUAA